CUGGUAUUUCACGUAAAGAGGUCGACAGUUAUGUAUUGGUUGGGAGUGUCCUGUCCGCUGCCUCGCCCUCACUACCGCGGCGCCCUUGAUGAAGACGAGUCAUGGGGGUCUUCUUUCUCCUGUUAGCGGCGGUGGUGGCUUCGAGGAGUGACCUGAUCCUUGCCGACACUUCCGGAGAGGCAAAUCUCGGGGUCGUGGUGAACAUGGCCGACGAGGCAGGCACAGCUGAGAGCGAGGGGAGGCGUGUGGUGCUGGUCUUGCAGGAGUCCGGGAGGCCCUCCGCCGACAGCUACGCCCGCCUUCUCACGCCCUUCCCCACCCUGCGAACCUUCACCGUCUGCUACAGGAUACGCCUCCUCAGGUUCCGGGAGGAGUCCACCAUGAUGUCGUACGCGGUGUCAGAUGAUAAGGACAACGAACUGCGGAUGGACCACCGCAUGACGGGCUACCAGGUCACACUGCACAGCACGUGGGCCCAAACCAGCCUGGAGACGCCGCUUCUGGUAUGGACACACUUCUGCUUCCAGUACCAGGAGAGGAGCGGCGAGUGGGAAAUCUACAUGAACGGGGAGCGGCAGGCACACGGCUCCUUCCCGCCAUUUGGGGAGCCACUGAUCGGGAACGGAACGUAUAUUAUUGGCCAGGAGCAGGAUUCGAUGGGGGGCGGCUUCCAGCGGGACCAAAGCUACAGCGGCGAGAUAACGCAGCUCAGCUUCUGGGACUCUUACCUCUCGCGGGACGCUAUUGGUGGGAUGGCAGCGUGUCUGGAGUCGACGGAGCGUCCAGUGCUGGGAUGGUCGUCUCAAAAAUGGGAGAUGCACGGAGAAGUCCACUUCGAGUUACGCAACGUGGAGGAUUUAUGCUUCACCAGCUCCCGCUCCUUCAAGGUGUUCCCGCGACGCUACACUCUGAACCACGCCAUACACUUUUGUCAGGUUGUGGGCGGGAUCCUGACCGUGCCGAGGACGGCGGAAGAGAACGCCCUGGUGUACGAGUCCUCCAGGGACAAGGCAGAGUACUGUUCUGGUAAGGUAGGCGCCUCGUACCUGUGGCUGGGAGCCAAUGACUUGGGUCAAGAGCGGACAUGGAAGUACUGGGGCUCUGGGGCGCCCAUCACCUGGGAGAACACAUGGAGGGGCACUGGACCCAACGGCGGCACCGCGGAGAACUGUCUGGUGAUGCUGCACGGCGCCUACCCUGGCUACUGGUCGGAUAUCGCCUGCCUGGACUCCUAUGCUUUCUGCGUGCCUUGUGAGUUUGAGGCGCCGCCGGUGUUCCACCUGAAGGGUCCUGCGAUGUGUGAGGAGUCCCCCUUCAACAUCCAGUACCUAAUGGGGGAAGUGAAGGAUGGCCAUCCCUCCCUCAGAGGCUUCUUCCACACAGAUAUUUACUGGAACUCAACACGAGGCGUUUGGGUCAUGGAGUCUCUUAAGGUGAAGGCCUCGGCUGUGUGGGAGCCGCGGCGAGGCGUGCAUUACCCCUUCGGCACCAAUCCGUGGCAGAUGAUGAGUGAGGUGUGUGGUCUUCAGGCGGGAAGCAUCAUCAACUUGACUCUGUCUGAGUGCGGGAAGGGAAUGUUCACCUGCGAGGACGGCACCUGCAUCAGCCUGCAACAGCGGUGCGACCUGCGCGUGGACUGCCUCGACCAGAGCGACGAGCAUUACUGCAGCCUGGUGGAUGUGCCUUCAAACUACCAGAUUAACAUCCCUCCAUCGCCCGCCACCAUGAACGGGUCGUUGGACAUUGACUUUACCGUCAACGUUAUCUCCUUCCCUUCCGUGGCCACGCAGGACCUCACCUUCGUCACCACCUUCCAGUUACUGCUGGGCUGGAGGGACCCGCGACUCAACUAUUUCAACCUCAAGACGGACCCCACCCUCAAUAUGCUUUCGGAGGAGAGCAUGAAGAAGAUUUGGACGCCACUGGUGUUCUUCAGGAACGCACACGGCAACGUUUUCACCAACCUGAACCAGGGCUCGCGCGUGGAGUGUCUGCAGGAGGGCUCCUCGGUGGAGGGGGGCCCAGAGUUUACGAAAGAGGUGAACAUAUUUUCGGGCUCUGAGAACAGCCUGGUCAUGAGCCAGGUGUACAGCGUCACCUACAGCUGCGACUUCGACCUCCUCAUGUUCCCCUUCGACGCUCAGGUGUGCAGCAUGUUCUUCAUGCUGACGUCUGCCUCAGCGAACUACAUGAAGUUAGUGCCCGUGCUGGCCAACUAUACGGGCAGGACCAGCCUCAUCGAGUACUCCAUCGGCCACCUCUCCGUGCGGUCGCUGCCCAACGAAGAGUUUUCCUCCCUGGUGGUGGAGGUUCGCUUCGUGCGGCGCUACGGCUUCUACCUGCUGACGCUCUACAUCCCCACCACACUGCUCAUGCUCAUCGCCUACGCCACGCUCUUCUUCAACCCCGACGACUUCAACUCCCGCAUCGUGGUGGCGCUUACUUCGCUGCUCGUGUUGUCCUCACUCUUCACGCAGACCUCCAACUCAUUGCCGAAGACCUCUUACUUCAAGCUUGUGGACGUGUGGCUCUUCUUCUCCAUUGUCAUGAUCUUCAAUGUGGUCAUGCUCCAGACCUUAGUGGACUUUUCUCAGCAGCCCAUAUUUGCCAAGAAAGGCUGGCUGAGCAGGGCCUUUAAAAAAAUUGGCCAAUGCUUUCAAGUAACAGGGAACACAGCAGACGAGAGUACACCUGUCAAGAGCCUUGGGGCCUCUGGGAACCUGACUAUCCACAUUAAACCUGUGGGGGAGGCAGAGAUCAAGCCCAUAACUGAUCAAGAAGUCUGGUCAGAGAAUGCCAAAAAUUGGCAUGAGGAGCCGCGCAGACUGCCUAUCUAUGGCCGAGCAUUCAGGCAGGCAAACUGGUCUGAGAACAAGGAUGUGAACAUGUCACUGAUGGUGUUCAGCCGCAUCAUCCUGCCCAUCAUCUUCUUCAUCUUCAAUGCUGGUUACUGGGGGGCAGCCAUUAUAUAUGUCAAUGCCAUAGACAAAGACAAGUGAGCUGGCCUUCAAAAUGAAAAAGAAAGAAGUGGAUGAACUCAACUUGAAGACUUCAGCCACUUCAUCUUGCCCACAACUUCACUAUGUCCUUCAUUUACACUUUUCAU